UUUGUGUUCACCUACAAGGGGCUCCUGGCAGCACAGGCCCGGCUGCAGGGCAAGAAAAUCCCAUUCCAUUCCUUCCUUGCAGCCUGCAUUGGGGGCUGGCUGGUGUUUGGUGACAACAACCCCAUCAACAGCCAGGGGCAAAGUCUCCUGGAGAGAAGUCCCGCUAUGAAACCUCCCUGAACCUCACCACCAAGCGCUUCCUGGAGCUGCUGAGCCAGUCCCCAGAUGGUGUGGUGGACCUCAACUGGGCGGCCGAGGUGCUGAAGGUGCAGAAGAGGCGCAUCUACGACAUCACCAACGUCCUGGAGGGCAUACAGCUCAUCACCAAGAAGUCCAAGAACCACAUCCAGUGGCUGGGCAGCCAGGCCGCCGUGGGAGCGCCGGGCCGGCACCGGCUGCUGGAGAAGGAGCUGCGGGAGCUGCAGGCGGCCGAGCGGCAGCUGGAUGACCUCAUCCAGAUGUGCACGGUGCAGCUGCGCCUGCUCACCGAGGACCCCGCCAACCAGCACGCAGCCUAUGUCACCUGCCAGGACCUCCGCAGCAUUGUGGACCCCGCGGAGCAAAUGGUGAUGGUUAUCAAAGCCCCCCCGGAGACCCAGCUGCAGGUGUCAGACCCAGCAGAGGCGUUCCAGGUCUCCGUGCGAAGCACUCAGGGCCCCAUCGAUGUGUUCCUGUGCCCCGAGGACAGCUCGGGGGUCUGCAGUCCUGUCAAGAGCCCCUUCAAAGCCCCUGCUGAGGACUCUUCUCCCAGCCAGUCACAGCCCAGAGCCCCCCUGCUCCUGCAUCCUGCCCAGGAUGUGAACAUGCCAUUGCUGCCCGGAGAGCAAGAAGCGCUGCUGCCAGGGCUGAGCGCGCUGCCUGCCAAGAGCCCGGAGCAGGAGGUGAGCCUGUCCCCGCUGGCCUCCAUGGACAUGCUGCUGGAGCAGAGCAGGGAGGACUUGGCGGGCUUCUUGGCCGAUGAGUUCAUCAACCUGUCGCCGCCGCAGGCCCAGGACUAUCACUUUGGGCUGGAGGAGGGCGAGGGCAUCAGCGAGCUCUUCGACUGCAACUUUGGGGACUUCACCCCCUUGGACUUCUGAAGCUGCGCCCGCCCGGGUGCUGGGGGGAGCUGCCAGGGCAGGGGGCACGCUGGCAGGGCAGGGCAGGGCAGGGCUGCCCCUCUGGCUCCAGUGCCCGCUGUUGCUCCCCCAUCCCUUUUUGCAAUAUUUUCUCGUUAUCCCUCCAGCCCGCUGGCAUCCCCAGCUCCAGCCCCACAAGAGGAUGCCAGGGUGGGGUUCCCAUCUCGGGGGACCCCCCUGUAGGGCCCUGAUCAGGGGCGACUGCCCAGGGCAGAGCCACUGCCCCCCAGGAGCCCGUUCCAGAGCUUUAAGCAGUCCUGUGUAUAGAUUAAUGAUUUGAUUAAUUUAUUAUUGUCCCCUGGGGACAGCGUUUCAUUUCCAUGGGGGUUUGGGGGGGCUGUACAGCAGAGUGGGGGUGCUGAGAGUUUUUGUUGUGCUGGGAAGGGGUGGUGGAGAUGUGGGGGGCGCUGGGUUAGGGCUGUCCCCCUGCCUGGGGGCUGCCAACAGCCUGGCUGAGCGUGGGUUAUUUAUUUAUUAUUUAUGGCGUGUGGAGCUCUCCCAGGACAUGGAGGGGGCAGGAGGACAGUGCUGGUGGGACACGGAGGGUGCCACCAGGGUCUCACCAGCACGUGCUGGCUUUGCUUGUGUCCAGAACAGGGCUGGCAGGGCCAGGGCUGUGGCAGGUGGCUGUGGGGACGGGGCUGGCUGGGGCUGGUGGCCCUGGCACCGUGUGCAUGUCCCCUCAGGGGACACAGAGGUGUCCAGGGGAAGUGUCUCUGCAGGUGAGCACCCAACGCUGUCUCCAGGCUUUCCUCCCCUCCCUCUGCAGCCCUUCAGCCUUUUGGCUCUGGCUCCCCAUCCCAGGCCGCUGGGGCUGGGAGAGGAGGGGAGGGGGGUCCUGGGGUCCCCCUGGGCCGAGCUGGAGACGCACUUUCACUUUUACUGCCAUUUACAAGCUUGUGUUUCUCUGAGCUUUGUGUUUAAUAAAGGUUUCUACUGACUCUGCCCUUCGGCUGUGCUCAGGUGCUGGGGCUGUGAGGGGUGGUGGGGACCUCUGCUGAGAAAUCAGGAGGUUUGGGGUUCUUUUGUGCUCUGUUUUCCACUCUGAACUUGAAAUCCACGACCAGGUAUGUCCGUACCUGGGGCUGCCAGAGGUGCUUUGGUCCUUGGUCCCACACAGGGUGGGAUCUGGGCCUGAUCCUUCCCUCCCUGCUCCUCCAAAGAGGCUGUGCUGCAGGAGGAUGGGAUGAUGGGUCUGGAUGGGGUUUGCUUUCCUUUCAGCAGCCCCUGUCCUCACUUGGCCCCUCUCCUGCCUGGUUCCCUCCCUGCCUUCCCCCUGGUUUGGGGCAGCAUUUUCCUGGCUGUGGCUGCAGCGUGGGGCCAGUGUGGAGCCACUCCAUCCCGUGAGUUCCCAGCUUUCCCCACUCACCCAGCUCUUGGUGCUGCCUCAAGGCACCUGCUGGCACCAGUUCCCAGCCCAAAGUUUGAGGUCCCUGUGUCCUUGCUGGCUGGGGACUGGGACAGUCCUUGCUGUCUGCCAGCAGCAGCCCUGACCCUGUGUGCCCUGAUUCUGCAGCACACCAGGACUGAGGGACAGUGGGCACCCCCAGGGGCUCCCUGGCAGCCAGGAUGGGGCUCAGCAGGGCUGUGUCCCCUGCCCUAGUGGCAGCCAGGGCUGUGCUGCUUCCUGCCCGUGUUUGUGCACUUUCUCCCCUCCUCCUGCCCAGCCUGCUGCCUGGUUUUCCUUUAAACAGCCUGAUAAAUAUUUCACCCUGACCACGUUGUGCAAGCUCACCCCGCUCCAGCAGCGCAGGCAAUGGGAUCCCAGGCUCAGGACAGGCUGCUGGGUGCCACAGAGAGCCCAUCUCCACUGCCUGGCCUCCUGCCUGCAUCCUUGUGCCUCUCUUCCCACACCUGGGGCAGUCCCUGGCUGGCUGUGCUGCCCCUGGAUUGUUCUCACAGCUGGCAAUGUGCGGGUGCAGGUGUGGGUGCCAAGCCCCACGGCUCAGCUCUGCUCACCAUUCCCUUUCCCAGCUCUGCCAGUGUCCAAAGCGUGGCAGCAGGGCCAGCCAGGGCCGUGCCAUCUCCAAAGCAGUGCCCAGCAGGGCAGUGUCACACACAGCCUGUCACCGCAUUUCUCUUCACAGAGAACAGCAAGGCACAACUUGCCAAGAAUAUUUCUGGAAUUUACAUUCUCUGAACCUCAAAGAAAGAAAAAAACCCAAUUCUGAUCUCAUUUACUGCUCCUGUGUUGUUCACAAGUAAAAUGUGUUGUGAAAAAAUCACCUAAAGAGAAUUGGUAAUUAAAUUGUAGUGUAUUUUAAUUCAUUAACCAAAUAAAUCCAUGUGUGUGUGUGAAAACUGUCAGCUGACAGCCACAAAAUUCUAAACAGUUAAGGACAAUUAAGUGCUUGUACAAAUUCAGUUAAAAUAUAGUGUAAUAUAGUAUAGAAUAAUAUAGUAUAAUAAAGAAAUUAAUUAGCCUUCUGAUAAGAUGGAGUCCUCCUCAUCAUUUCUCCCUGCCACGGGGGUCGUGCUGAAUACCACAGGUGACCCCUGUGCCUGGGUGGGAGGAGCUGGUUUGUCACACUGCCACCCUUCAAACAGGGCUUCUUCACACCGUGACACUGGGCCUGUUCCUGCUGCCCUGACCCAUGGCACUCCUGCCACAGAGCCAGGGCAGCAGGACAGGGACAGGUGGGAGGGACAGCCCUGCCUGCUGUGUCCUCCACUGCUCUUUGUCCCCUCGGGCGGCAGGUGCUGGGGCUUUUAUGAGUUUCUGCAGGGUGCCCAGCCCAGCCAUGUGCCAGUGUUGUGGUGCACUAGUUUAUUUAGCUGUUCUGUCGCACUGGGUGGUUGGGAAUUUGCACAGAGUAAUUUUUAUAUUGCACUGUAUAGCUUAUGCUAUAUCACAUGGCUUGUUAUCCCUUUCCCCCAUCUCAGGGUCUUUCCCUCACCCACCCCAGUACCCCCUGGUGGUCCCUCCCCUGGGUUACCCCUCCUGUCUCCACUCCUCACUGGUGUCCCACUGGCUGUAGGCAUCUCCCCCUGUCCCCAUUCCCGGGGUACAAAAGCUCCCUGCCACCAGGGAAUGCUCUCUUCCUCCCAUGGGUGUGUGUGCAGUGACCCCAAUAACAAAGCACUCACUGUCCAGUCUUGUGUGAUCUUUUGUCAAGUCCUACGAAUCUCCUGGCAGGUCCACUCCAAUGACUGUCCCCUGGACAGACCUGAAAAAGAAAGCUUUGGGGGUCACAGGCUGCCAGCUCCUCGCCAGCCAUCCCUCCUCCCCUCCUGUGCCGAGUUCCGUGG